AUGUUUCGAGCAGAAUUUGACACCAAUUUUAUUCUUGUCGAGAGCGUCGCAGAUGACACAUUUGAACGUUACCACGUGAGUUGGGUAUCCCUGGAUCCAGCGCGACUGACGAAGAUAUUUAUCAACCUCUUAACGAAUGCCGUCAAGUUUACGAAGCUCGAAGCCGUCCGCGAGAUCACUGUCCGAACAUCAGCUUUCAUCGAUCAUGUCCUGGACAUGGACAAUAGCGUCUGGUUCCCUGCGAAGAAACAGAAGCGAGUUCCCAUGCAGUCCUCCCAAGGGAACGGGGGUGAACCGAUAAACCUUCUCUUCUCAGUCUCGGAUACAGGAAGACGCAUAUCAAAUAUAGCGGCUCCGCGGUCUCGGGCUCUUCGUCUUACGCGAGCUUACCGAAAACAUAGGAGGCGAGAUCGAGAUGAUUACUCAACAGGGAAAAGGAAGCAUCGCAUUUUACGGGCAAGCACGUCGAGCAGCGGCUCCAGAUGGUCAUGCGCCAAUCCUCCAUUAGUCGGGCUCGUCGCUCAUCUCGUGGCGUGCUCACUAAACAGCUCGAACGGGCAGGUUGCACACAUAUACAAUGCAAAUCGUGGAACGGAGGCUUUGGAUUUCCUACCUCGGACGAGAGUAUGGCACGACUGUCAGCCCAUCCAGAAGAUCGAGACUCCCUCAUCUAAUCUGGACCUUGAUAUUGACUGCAUAUUGAUGGACGUGGAGAUGCCGGUAUUGGACGGCUUACACUGCACAUGGCGGAUACGGGCACUGCAGCACAAAGGCAAGUUGAAGAGACACAUCCAUAUCAUUGCCAUCACCGCGAAUGCCCGUGCCGAGCAGAUCGAGGGGGCUUUUGAAGCGGGCGUUGACGACAUCUUGCCCAGGCCAUUCCGAGUCGUGGAGCUGCUGGGGAAGCUCGAGAGUUACAGGAAGAAGGACAAAAGUUCAGUCAAUGGUGAAUAG